GGGGGCGGGGGCACAUUUGACAUUUGAUGCCCCCUAAAGAUCUCCCUCUUUCAAAUUUUCAAAUUUCUGCCGCGAAGUGAGCUGCAAACUUUCGCCCUUUCGAGCUCUACGAUUCGCCAUCGAAUUUCCACAACCAUCUCCUUCUCCAUUCUCCGAUUCCAGAGCUGCCAUGUCGGCUGCCAGAACAAGCGGGAGAAAACGCCGAUCGGAGCCCCAAUCUCCGAAAUCCAUCGAGCGAGUCGGACUCGAAGACGACAUCUUCGGUCCAGAUCUCUCCAGUGACAUCAAAGGCAUCAUGUCGGCGCUGUACCAGAUCAGAGAGAAAGCACAAAAGGACGGCCAGAAGAAGAAUGAAGAGACAAUAUCAAGUGUGGCUGCAGAGAUCAAGUCAGUGUUUGCUGAGAUGAAAGCAAAAUUUGAGAAGGAAAGACAAAGUUUUGCCAAGGCAUUGUCAAAGAGUUCAAAAGAGUGUGAAAAUUCCUUGAAGAUCGAAACCUCGAAGUUCCAAGCACUUUGGGAGAAAUUUUCCAAGGAGAAAGUAGCACAUCUGCAGGCCUUAAAAGAUACGAUAGCCAAAUACGAAGAAGAGAAAGAACGAUUGUUCACGCGUUAUGAGCAACAGAGGAAGAGAGAAAAGAACAUGAUAUCUGAACAAGAGAAAGCUUGCCAAAGUAAAAUUUCUGAAUUGGAAGAAUCCCUGAAAAAGAAGAAGCAGGAUGACAAAACUUUCAGCAUUUUGAGGAAGACGCUGGGAUCAUUGCUAGGAAAUGCGUCAGAUGAAGACUUUCUGCCUGAUGAUUGAAGGUUCUAUGGCCUACGGUGGCCCUCUGCUGCCGAUAUCCUGCUGUAAUAACUCUGCCAUCCUUUCUGAGUAAAAGGGGUAAUUUUUUUUUUUGAAAGAAAAAAAAAAAGCUUAUUAUUUUCUUCCUUCUUUUCCCCCCCUUUAUUUCCUAUUCUAGAACUCUUUAAUUCCCACAUUCAUGCCCCACGAAGACCUUAGUUUGUUUCCAAGAUUCCCUCUUCUUUAUUUCUUCCCCUUAAACAAUGAUAAACAAUCCGACUAGUAUUUUGGUAACCACAAAAAAAGAAAUCCAUAAUAUGAUGGUUAUUGAAAGACAA